UGUGAAACAUUGAAAAUCUGCUUAUUAUGUUACUACUGGUGUGCAAAAUCUUCAUCUCCUUCCAUGGCAUGUUCCAUUCCACGGUUCUUUUUCUUAACUAUUUUGCCUGCAUGGUUAUACUCAUCCUCGACUUCGUCGAGACACCUUUGUGAUCAGUAGCUGAGCCUCUUUUCAGGAAAUCUCUGUUCGAGUUCAGGGUCAGGUAUUAUUCUAGAUCUUUUUAUUGCAAGCGUAAUUUCGUUCUGUUCUUUGGUAAAGGUGUUUGAUCUGCUUAUUUCGAAGGAUCUGUCUUCUUUUGGUCUAUUUUUGUUGACUCUUAGGUUUUUUCAAAGGAUUCCGACGAUCUACUUGAUACUUCUUUUGAGUCAUCAACUCAGAAGUCUCUUCAUUAAACCCUCAUCACGAAUUUCCCAUUUUAUUCUAA